AUGGCGAAUGCCGGAGCUCAUUGGUUUUUGGAGGAGGUUUUGCCUGCCAUGGGUGCUGCUGAAUCCAAGCUUCAGCUGAGGAAGAACGUGUUUCAACUCCAUGAGAACAAGAAAAUCAAUCCUCGGGACUACGAGUUCUUUGAUCCUUUCUUUUAUUCCCCAGAGACUAGCGAGGAUGUGCACAAUCUAUUCGCACCAGCUGAUAUCAAAAAGACACGAGAUACAGCCCCAGAAAAUCUAGUAACCCUCCUAACGAAAUGUGUCGAACACAUCCUCACCUUCACCAACUCGACAGAACCCUUUGACAAGGAAGUCGGCAAACGUGUCAUCAAUGCUGUACGGAUCUUAACUCGAAUCUUGCCAUAUAUAUUCGAAGUCCCACAAUCGCCUAUCGAAGAAAACCUUUUCUGGAAGGCUGAAGGUGCUGAUGGCGGACUCAAGGACACGUUAGGAGCUAAACUAUGUACAGCUGUGGUGAAAUUACUAUUUAUUCGUGGAUUUACAUUGCCAGAUUAUGUGUCUGAUCAUAACGGGCUCCAGUAUGUGAUUUGGGCUCCAGGUCUUGGUGUGAAUGUUGGGCCAAACAGCACACGAGAGGUUGAUUGUGCUAGGAUUGAGACAAUGAGAUUGUUUCUAGUCUUGUUGUCUCAUGGCAUGUAUGUUGUUCCAACUGAGCUGCUCAACUUUGACAAUCGAUGGGCAAGUGUGUUUGUUACAGGAUUGGAAAGGAGGGCAGUAUUGGCAGUAUUAUGCUCCUUGCUGAAUACGGCCAUGAACUAUGACCCAAACUCGUGGACUUUCAUACCUUACAACCACAUUCUCUUUUCGGAUAUACAAGAACAACUAGUCACUCUCUGCCUUCAAACAUUGACAGUCUUGUUGGAUUACAAGGCAGUUGCUCGAGUCAUUGCAUCUAAAGACCUAGAAAAUGAUUCUGACGAUGACGACGAAGAGGCAGCAGGUGAACAACAACACAGUGGAACUGAAGGCUCAACAGAGGGAGAAGUCACAAAAGCAGCAAACGCCGAUAAACCACCGUCGUCACCAACGAAACAGUCCAAAUCUGCCGAACCCAGCACUCAACCACCUACGAACGACGUGACCAGACAUAAUGACUUUCAGUACUAUAUGUCUCGCAUGUAUAGAGUCCAAGACUCCAAUUUUGUUUUGACUGGAAUCACUAGGCUGAUCAGGAAUCCGAUUGAUUCUGCCAAUGUCUACCUCCCUGGAUCAACAAAGCGAGUAUCAUUGUAUGCUGAAGUAUUGAUGUUGUUAUGGAAGUUGUUGGAAGUGAAUGAGAGGUUCUCACGAUAUACAAUGGAGAAUGAUAAGGUGCUGGUAUUGCUCACAUCCAUGUUGUACUUUGUCCUAGAUGGCAAAUCAGACCCAACUCAAUUGGGAGUCAUUCGACUCUGUUGCUUCUUGAUCCACAUCCUAUCUCAAGAUCGAAACUUUGCCGUACAGCUUAAUACGUCGUUCGAUCCAGCAGGUCUCGCAGGUCCAGUAAUGAAACUACUACCGGUGUUUGGAGCAGGAUGUUAUGGAGACUUCCUGAUAUUAAGCAUUCAUCACAUUAUCACCACCACAUCUCGAACCCCUAUUGCUACUCUACACGAAAACUUUAUGAUUACCAUGACGAAUAUCUCACCAUAUAUCAAAUCCUUGACCGUUGUGACUUCAAAUAAGCUUUUGUCACUUUUCCAGUCCUUCUCCAAUCCAGCAUUCUUGUUGUCAGCAGAACCGAAUCAUAAACUUGUGUUUUAUAUGAUUGAGACACUCAACAAUUUGAUUCAAUUCCAAGUUGCAGGAAACUCCCAAUUGGUAUACUCACUCAUAAGAGCCAAAGAUAAAGUUGUUAGUUUGAAUGACUUGACGUAUACCAAUGCAUUGGCUGAAUUGACUCGUAUACGUGAAGCAAAAGCAGCCAAAGCAUCUCAAGGAACACCAGGCACAUUGUCAAAGUCGUCUAGCACAACCGCAACAGACGAGCUAUCAGAAAAGGCCAAAGGAAAGUUGCCGAGUACUGGCAGUGAAGAAUCGUUACCUCCAUCUACGCCAACAACGACUCAUAAGAAUCGAUUCCAGCCUUCAAAAGAAUGGUUUGACUACUGGAAGAAGCAUCUCCCCUUAGCCGUACUAUUAUCCCUGAUUGACACAUUAGGUCCCCAAAUCGAGGCCUUUUGUGUAGAGCGAGGACUGAAUGAUGAGAAGCAAGUAGUCCAGUACCUUCAAUCCGGCACUCUCGUUGGUUUGUUGCCUCUUCCUCAACCAAUACUGGUCCGUCGUUUCCAUUACAAUGAUCCUAUCCGAGUGUGGUUUUCGAGUUUCUUAUGGGGCGCAAUCUUCCUGAAAAGUGGAAAUAGACAAAAUGCUGAGAUAGGCAAAUUGUGUCCGUCCGUAUGGACGGGCACUGUUGUAAAGCUCUUCAAUGUAAAGAUAACAGAAUAG